CACACACACACAGUGUGUCCUGAUAUCCCCAGUAGUCUCACACCCUGAGAAAGAAUCACCUAGAGAACUCUUGGUUUACUUUCACGGUCCAAAUUAUGGAGUGACAAAAUAAAUGAUUGCUCCCCAUCUGAUUAACACCGUUUGCAGAGACAUUGGAUACCUGGGAGGGCAAGAUGGGACAGCGUUGACGCGCCUAUAGCUUCCCACCCUAUCCCCCACGUCCCCGUCCCCCCCCCCCUCCCCCGGGGGUACCUAUCGCUGGCGGUACGGUCGACAUGAGUCUGAUGGACAUCUCCAAGAUCUUCUCCCUGCUGCAGCCCAGGGAGGAGGAGGACGAGGAGGGCCAGCUGUGUGAGGAGAUGAACCAGGCGGUGAGCGGGGACGACGCGCCCCAGCUCGCCCGCCUCCUGGCCCAGGAGAGCUACAGGCGGUGCAUCAACUGCCGCAGCGGAUGGGGGAUACCCCUGACGCCUCUCCGGGCCGCGGCCUCCCGGGGACACCUCGGGUGCCUGGAGGUGUUGCUGCAGCACGGGGCGGAGGUGGACAGCCUGGAUGUGAAGGCCCAGACGCCGCUGUUCACAGCAGUGAGCGGGAAGCACCUGGACUGCGUGGUGGCCCUGCUCAAAGCGGGCGCCGACCCCAACGGCAGCCCGUACAACAACAGCUCCCCGGUGCUGACCGCCGCCCGCGAGGGGGACGUGGAGGUGCUCCAGGAGCUGUUGAGCUACGGCGCCGAGGUCGACGCGAGGUCCAAGGUCCCCGAGUGGGCCACCAACGCCACGGCCUGCAGGGGGUCCCUGUACAUCUCGGCCGUGUACGGCCACCUGGACUGCUUCAAGCUAUUGCUGCUCCACGGGGCCAACCCCGACUACAACUGCACGGACGAGAAGAUGCUGGGACGGAUCAAGCAGCCCAAGACCGUGUUGGAUAUGUGUCUCCGGUACGGGUGCGGCGUGGAGUACGUGCAGCUGCUCGUGGACUUUGGGGCAGACGUGUAUUUACCCACGCUGAUCGUUGACAAGAUGACGAAGCAGAACGAAGCCUUGGUGUUGCUGCUUAAGGAAAGAGUUCACCCCAAAACGCUGAUGUCACAGACCCGGAUAACGAUCCGAAGACACCUGCCUUUCGCCAAUAAAGAGCCAAUCAUUGAACGCUUGGACAUUCCUCAGAUUCUCAGGAAAUAUUUGAACCAUGUCGCCUUGAAUAUAUGAAGUGUGUUCCCGUUGUUUUCAUCAAGGAUGGAUUGCACUUUUUUUGUUAUGUGUCGGUCAUGGAUGAUGUGGAUAUUUACACAUAGGCCUACCUUAGAUGCAAAGAUGCCCCAAAUUUGUUGCAAAGGGACAGACGAAAUGAAAUUAUGUUUACAUCCGUAUUAGUGGCCUUUUAUUAUUGCCUUCUAUAUUUAUUAACAUUUAUAUAUAUUUUUGCUGUGUUCUCACUGAAUUUAUAGUUUUUUUCUCAGUGUAACUUGCAAUAAUACAAAUCGACGCUUGGAUGUGCCAGAUCGAGGUCAUAUACCUGUAACACCAAGCUCUACCGCUAGAGAUCGGAAUAGCACUACCAAUUAUGGGCUUCUGGUCAAUAACACCCCACCUAUAAAAUACCCUCCUGGCGGUGAUAUUGCACUUUCCCACAAUUUUCCACUGUUCAGAAUGUAUGCAUUUUUUUAGACUUCAGAUAAAUAAAAUAUCAAUUUUGAAUUUUAUAUUGUUUUGUAACUAUAUGCAGCCUCUUAAUAGCAGCAGGCAUUAUUGUUUUUGUAACUUGUUGACAACUAAUUUGUGAUUUGACAGUUUUGAUGUACCUCAUACUGUCUAAUAGGUAACAGCUGUACGCUGUAAAUAGCCAUGUAGAGCGGAUAUGAUGUCAAACAACAGGAAACCGGGACAAUAUGUCCUGUCUACCAUUCUUAUCUAAACCCAUGCUACAUACAAAGCUAAUGCAGAAGUUUGUAUGCCCUUGGGCCUACUCUAUGGUAUAUGAUAUGUGGCUUCUUUUUUAUUGUGAUGUGACUUACUUCAGGCUAUAAUACCAAAACAGCUAUGUAUAUAGAGGUUUUAUUUUCAACAAAAGUACAGCUAUAUCAGAUAUGGUUUCAUUUUUUUCAGCGGAAUACAACAUAUUCCCAGUGCUUUUGAUUACAUCAAAACAUAUAAUGUACAUACAGUAGACAUCUCCACUCCCCCAUUCACAGUUUCUCGAUUGAAUAGACAAUAUUCUUAAGGUUUUAAAUUUAUACAACAAAUAAACUUAAAUGCCAGCAAGAAAUAAAAUACAAAUGUUUGCAUAUGGUGACAUUUCCUAAGGAUAAAACUUGCAAGUAAAUGUGCUGUGGUGGUCAAAAAUCGAAACCUUAAACUAGAUGGUAAUAUACAAAUGGUUAAGAGUUCCAAAAGCGGGCCCUCUGUUACCUUGCGGCCAUUAAAAACCACAUUAAAUUACCUUUUGAAGAUAGUGACCCUGCUGUACCCUGACUAUUCCGAAAUAACACAGGACUGCCAUAACUGCAAGAAAUAGCUAUCAAAUAUGUUGCAAUGCUCAGGUUUGUGAAUGUUAUUACUUGCUAAUAUGUCCCUUGGAAAAAAAAAACACAACAAAACGUAGAAAUAGGUGAGGAAAAAUAUAUAACACUGAUGCAUUUAUAAUUAAAAGGUCAUUAAAUAAUACAAGCAGGACAGACACGCAUUGAUGCAUGGCAACAAAUAUGUCCUAACUUUGCCUCAGAUAAAUCUUACUUAAAGCUGUUUCUGUAUUGGGUAACCAAAUAAAACCGGUUAACAUUGUAACACAAAUUAAAAAAUUGUGAGAAAUUGAUUGGUAGUGUCAGACCAUUGUUCUUCAGAAUGUCAGCAAAAGGAGAGUACUGGGAUAUUGGAGUGAAGUUCUGUGUAAUUGUGUCUUCAUGAUUUCUGGCUGAUAUUGUUUUGAUAAUCAGAAGAGGUUUUUCUUGUUUUAUCUCUGCUUGACUUGAAAUCUAUACUCCAAAAAAACAACAACGAAUAGGGCAAUCAUCAUUGUACAUCCCUGUUUGGUUUACUGAUAAAAAAAAAACAAGAUACCCGUUUCGGUCACAGCCGUUAAUGGCACUGGACAGUUAGCCAUCGUUGGCAAGUGUGGUGUGAAGAUGACGUAAGAAUGUAAAGAGAGUUGUGUUCAUAGUUCCACGUAGACAAGGCAGCAUCAGUGCUCUUCACUUCAGUGUUAUCUUGGAUUUCCAAUGACGAUGACAAACACCGGUUUGACAAUAAAUAAAUAAAGCGUUAAAAGCCACAACCGGGGGAGUUAAAUAAUCGUUUCUUUCAGUGAGCUGGUAUCGGUUUACUCAGCGAUGGUUUUUUGUAUUUAAGUGAUGAAGGGGGAUUGUAAAUGAAGCUAAAACAAUCUGGUUAAAGAGUUCUGGUUAAAUUGCAUGCAAAAUAUUUGGAUGCCACAAGCAUGCAUCUAUCUGGUGCGGUGUGUUAGCGCACGCUAGAACUGGUACAACAUUCGUCUCCAACGCAAAAUACUAAUAUCCAAAUAUAUGAUCUGUUCUUUUGUACAGUAUUUACAGUGUGUAGCUGCUAAGUGUAAAAUAGAUGAUUGUUCCUUCAAUUUACAACUCCCCAUAAUUUGUAUAUAUGCUUCAAGUUACUUCUAAUACACCGACCGAGAAAGGAAAAAAAUAAAAUAACAAACAGUAUCCUACUGCAGCGGUUUUUGAGCUUUAAAUAUUAUGUUUUUAAAUGUGCAACGAAGGAAGUAAAUGUCUGAAAGUAGAAUAUACUUAAUGUUUUGUCAGUUUGUGCAACACUAUAUUGGACACUUCUAUGCUAAUGUGUGAUAAUACUGCUCUCUUGUGUGAUAAUACAUUACCUACUCCUGUUCAGGGAGGAAGGUCUGAUCGCUAUACUCUGGUCGGAUUGGAUCUCAUGCACUGGGGAAUGGGAUUCCCAGUCCGAGAGAGAUAGAGACAGAACGAGAACAAGAGAGAGGGUACUGGGGAGAGAGAAGAAAAGAGACGAAAAAAAUGGACAGAGGGGGGGAUAUAUAUCUCCAUAUAUAUGAAUAUACAGAGAGAGAGAGAGAGUGUGAGA